AGUCCCCGCCUUCUUCCUUUCUCGAAUCUCGCGCGACAGUCACCAGGCUAGCUAGUCUUUAUUAAUUUAUUUGACCGUCUUGUUGCGAAAUUGAAAAAUGUAGUUUUCAAACGAUAAAGUUACACUUCGUAAACGCAUUAGUCUAUGCGAAUUUGUCUUGCGUCUUAAUUGUUGAAACGCUUAAUUUGCCGCCUUUUAUUGUAACUACCCUGCUAACGUUAGCUUCCCUUAAGACAUUUGCUAUUGUUGUUGCCUGGAAUAGCGAGCUAUAGUAACAGCCCAAAAUGACUUCAGCCUCUACUAAGGUGGGAGAAAUCUUCUCUGCAGCAGGAGCAGCCUUCACCAAGCUGGGUGAGCUUACCAUGCAGCUGCAUCCAGUAGCUGACUCUAGCCCUGCAGGAGCCAAAUGGACAGAGACGGAGGUCGAGAUGCUGCGGUCAGCUGUGCGGCGCUUCGGUGAUGAUCUGAACAGUAUCAGCUCUGUGAUUAAGGAGCGCACUGUAGCCCAGAUAAAGACGACAGUGAAGAGGAAACUGUAUGAGGACAGCAGGGUGCCCCUCUCCUCCGACUCCCCCAAAAAGAUCACCAAGAAGACCACAGUCAUCAUGGCAGCCGCACUAGCACCCGUGGCCCCCACUGUCAUCGCAGUGCCCACCUCACAGGUUGUCGUGACUACAGGGCUGCAGAGCCCCUCUAUGCCCACUGCCAUCAAGAAACAGAAAACAGCAGAUGUGACGCUCAGUGCUCUGAAUGACUCUGAUGUAAACAGCGACUUGGUGGACAUUGAGGGACUGGGAGAUAGUUCCAACACCAAGAAGCUCAACUUUGAUCAAGAAAGCCUCAACCUGGACUCCAGCCUAAUCAUGAACUCCAGUGACCUGCCCCUCCUGUCUCGCUGACCUCGAACCCACUGUACCAUUGGGUUGGAAACACUCGGUCCCUAUAUCACCAGAGAGCAGACUACACUUAGUAUCUUUCUUACAGAGCUUUUUUGGACACAUUUAAGCAGAUAGAUGUGUAUUUUUAUGAACAGACCCCUCUCCCCAUCGAGUACAUCUAUUCAGUCUGGGGCAUUUCUACUGAGGAACCCUUCUAUUUUGCUGUUUCUCACAAACCUAUAGUUUGUGUGAUGUAUAGCUUUUUUUGCAUUGUAACAUUUCUUUGCUCUGCUAAUUUUCGAAGUACUGUUUUGCAGCUGAACAUAUGCUGUUCAUGAUCUCCAGAGAGAAAUGGCGUUUCAGUGCAGAUGUCCAUCGUGUAACGUAGUGAGUGUACAUGUUGUGUAUCACUGGUUGAUAUUUAAAAAUGCAAGACACCAGCUAUCCAACUAUUACUGGUAUUUCAUUUUGUUCACAAUGGUUGUGCAUGACAUGAUUCCUCUUAUGUUGAUGUUUAGUAAAAUGUUAAUCUCU